UAACCGAGGACUAUAUUUUAGCCUAGUUGAUCGACAGCAAACGCCAGUUCUGACAACUUGCUACCCAUGUUAACUCUAACAAACACCGGAUAAUUUACGACCUAAUUUUCACUCGUAAAACAAAACUUUUUGAUAAAAAAAUGUCAACUCGUAGUAGAUCUUGUUCUUGCUCGCGCCCGAAAUGCUCCGAUUUUGGGCUAGGAGGAGUGUCCCCAUCCGUCUACGUCACAACUCAGUGCCCGAUGCACUACGGAGUAUACCUGGCCUACCGUAUCCUGAUCACCCUCUACCUCUUGGGCUACUUCCUCUAUGUCUUCAUCGUGUCGGUGCGUCCUGGAGGCCCGUACGGCGGGUACUUCUUCAUCUACCUCACCAACUGGGGCUACAUCCUAAUGCUGGUGUACCAAAUCUGCGCCCUGUGGAACAUCAUCGUCUAUGCGGCCUUCAUGAAACCGGCAGGGUGGACUUCUGAUGACGUCCCUUGGUAUUUCUUUCACCGCGGCCAGUGGUUGCUCUUUAACAUGUACGCUUCCGUCGCCAUCCUCCUUUCCCUCCUGUACUGGGGCGCCCUCUACGUUCCCGGGACGGUCGACCUGUACUACGACAUCAACUUCCAUACCCUCAACGGAAUCGUCGCCCUGAUCGAGAUCUUCCUCUCGGCGAUGGUCAUUCGCCUCCUGCACUUCAUCUACCCGUUCAUGUUCGCCGUCGCAUAUGUUGUCUUUGCUGGGAUAUAUUACGCAGCCGGGGGCACUGACGAGGAGGGUAACCCGUCCAUCUAUUCCAUUCUCGACUUCGGGGCUAAUCCGGGUCUCGCGGCUGGACUCGCCAUCGGGGCCGUGGUCGUAGUCGUGGUCGUUCAUAUCCUGAUCGUUUGGGGACUCCAUAAGUUGAAGGUCUUGAUAUUCGAUAGAUGUUGCCCAUCAUGUUUCCCGAACGAAAAUGUUGAAAAUAGAGACCCAGUCGAGCUUGAAGGAGACUCUCAAGAACUCAAAGUUUAAGUCGCGGUAUUGUUACUAAUAUAGCCGAAACCACUGAAA